CGUGGGGGGGAGGGCAGAAAAUCUCUAAACUGUUUGAGCAAACAGGGAAAACAUGACAUAUGAAUAAAGCACUGAAUUGAAAAGAUUAUCCAGUAAGCGUUAUGCAAAAUUCCCAUGACCAUUUCCUUGACCACAUCCCUGACCAUUCCCUUGACUGCUUCCCUGAACGCUUCUCUGGCCGCUUCCCUGAACGCUUCACUGGCCCUGGCCGCUUUCCUGACCAUAGCUGCUUCCCUGACCGCUUCCCUGACCAUGGCCGCUUCCCUGACUGCAUCCCUGACCAUGGCCGCUUCCCUGACCGCUUCCCUGGCCGUGACCACUUCCCUGGCCGCUUCCGCUUCCCUGGCCGUGACCGCUUCCCUGACUGUGGCCGCUUCCCUGACCGUGGCCGCUUCCCUGGUCGCUUCCCUGACCGUGGCCGCUUCCCUGACCCUGGCCGCUUCCCUGACCGCUUUCCUGACCGUGGCCGCUUCCCUGACCGCUUCCCUGACCCUGGCCGCUUCCCUGGCCCUGACCGCUUCCCUGGCCCUGGCCCUGGCCGCUUCCCUGGCCGCUUCCCUGGCCCUGGCCGCUUCCCUGACCCUGACCCUGACCCUGGCCCUGGCCUCUUCCCUGACCCUGGCCCCGUCCCUGGCCCUGCCCCUGUCCGCUUCCCUGGCCCUGGCCCUGUCCGCUUCCCUGGCCCUGGCCCUGACCCUGUCCGCUUCCCCUGGCCUUGACCGCUUCCCUGACCCUGGCCGCUUCCCUGACCCUGGCCUUGGCCGCUUCCCUGGCCACUUCCCUGGCCUUGACUGCUUCCCUGACCGUGGCCGCUUCCCUGACCGC